AUGCAGCAUUUGCACAUCUUCAAUUCCCAAUGUAAGCAGCUUCGUAUCAUUCUCUACAAUAAGACAAGACAACUCUGUGGCCACGAGGUUCCUAUCAAAGUCCCCGAAAAUGCCACAAUCUACAGAGUGAAACGUGAGAUAGAAAAAGUGAAAGCAGUACCUCAUCAGAUCCAGUGGAUAGUGUUUGGAGCGAGGAAUCUGCAAGAUACCGAGAGGCUGUCCGACUACGCAAUUCGUGAUGGCUACACGUUGUAUUCUGUUCCUACAUUUAUAGAAAUCCCAUCUAUUCCAAAUCUAUAA